AUGGUGGAUGUGAAAUGUCUGAGCGACUGUGAAUUGCGGGCUGAACUCGAUAAGCUUGGGUUUUCACCUGGCCCAAUACUACCUUCCACCAGAAAAGCGUAUGAGAAAAAGUUAGUGCAACUGUUGGUCUCAACUCCCUGUGUGUCACCUGUGAUGAAUGGACCCAGAGAGCUGGACAGAGCCUGGGAUCGCGAUGGCAGUGAAGAGCUUAAUGCCACUGUCAUUUUGAAAGGAAAUAUCAUACUCUCAUCAGAAAAAGACAAGGGACCCAAAAAAAGACCUAAGGCUUCCACCACUAAAUCGAAAGUCCCAGAGAUCUCCUGCCUGGACGGCAAGCAUUCCGAGAGAAUAAGGUGUCCCGCAAGAGCAUCGAACGCCACAGCCAGUGAAUGGAAUAUCGCCAAGGAGAAGGCCUGCUGCCCAGGGACCAGGAGUGCCGGGAGCAGGAACCUGGAAAGUUUUCCGGUGGGCUUGAAGCUUGCAGUGUUUGGCAUCUUCAUCAUUGUGAUGUUUGUCUACAUAACUGUGGAAAGGAAGCCGCUCUUUGGUUGA